AUGGUCAAAGUCGCCAAAGUGAAGACAAGAGAUGUAUCUCUGCAUUCUCGGGCAGCUCGCCGCGCAGCUUCACCGCCGCCCGUGAAAAGCGGCAGCGGCGCAGGGCGCGCUGUCGUCGAGAAAGAUUACAAGCCAUGGCUCCACAGCCCACAAAACGCAGGCGUGGGCAAGAAAAAGACGAAGCAGCUCACGCGGCAGCAGAAGGUUCGCCAGCAACGAGGCAUGGAGAAAGCUGAUAUGACUGAGGCGAAGCUGGAGAAGAAGGUGGAGGAUAGCAAGAGCCGGGCGAGAAGAGUGCAGGCGCGACGGGCGGACUGGGAGGAUUUGAACGGAGAUCUGGGGGUUAUUGUGCCAGACGCUGUCGUCGACACACAGAAGAGCAAUUUGAAGACAAAGACGAUAUCCGAUCGACCCGAAGUUGAGCUGGAUUCCAACAUGCAUGAACCACCCGUAGCAGCGGACGCGGAAGCUGAACAGGUUCUCUCGCCAGGACAGGAAGCGACCACAAAGGUGGCCGAAUUGUCCAUUUCUGGUACCGCUGCAGCUGUUGCUUCGAAUGCGGCAGACGAAGUAGAUGAGAUCAGCUGA